AAAAUAAAAAGUUUAUAUUUUUAAACAUUAUUUUUUACAUGUUAUGUUUCGGCUUGGGUCUAAUUGUCCACGCUCAACUGGCAUUGGCUGUAAUUGGCCACGGCCCCUUACGUUGUGGCAAGCUUCGGGGCCACUUCCUGGAGUAGUGGAGUUCUUCCAUUACUUGUACAUUUCAUUAAAGCGCGUUUAAAAAAUAGUUUUAUUAUUAUUUAUUUAAAUGAAGUUACUUCAUUUAGGCUCGACGCGUGCAUGCGUGGAGUCUACAACAACAACCCCCCCUCUCUCUCGAAGGUGGGACUCAGAGUUCAUGGAGCUGCCUUACUGAAACUACAGUAAUCAGAGUGUGUGUGUUGUGUGUGUGUCUGGGUUUGUGUCUGGGUGUGUCUGUGUGUGUGUGUCUGGGUGUGUGUCUGGGUGUCUGUGUGUGUCUGUGUGUGUGUGUCUGUGUGUGUCUGGGUGUGUGUCUGGGUGUGUGUGUGUCUGUGUGUGUGUGCUAAUGCAGGUUGUGCGUCUAUCAGUAUCUAGGUCGACUCAGCCUCAAGUGAGAACCUGGUGUCGCGUAAUAAACAUCGCCACUGGGGAGACAAAGGCGGCCGGGCGGGGUGUUGGCCACCCACCCCCUCGUGUGCUGUGCCGACCUUCAUAGGCGCUGCUACUCGCUAACAGCACUUGCCCCAACAGCCUGUCACAGGCUACACGGGGGAUCUUUGUCUUUAUACACGUGUAGAGUCCGUACAGUAUCAUCAACAGUAUUAUCAUAAGCCAUCAAUCAAUCGUCAUCAGCAAUAAUACAAUCAUCAUCAAUAGUACAAUCAUCAGCAGUAGCAGCAGCAGCAAUAGUACAAUCAUCAUCAGCAGCAAUAGUACAAUCAUCAGCAGCAGCAAUAGUACAAUCAUCAGCAAUAGUACAAUCAUCAGCAAUAGUACAAUCAUCAUCAUCAUCACCAAUAGUACAAUCAUCAUCAGCAAUAGUACAAUCAUAAUCAGCAAUAGUACAGUCAUCAUCAGCAGCAAUAGUACAAUCAUCAUCAGCAAUAGUACAAUCAUAAUCAGCAAUAGUACACAAUAAUCAUCAGCAAUAGUGCAAUCAUCAUCAGCAAUAGUGCAAUCAACAUCAGCAGCAGCAAUAGUAUAAUCAGCAGCACUUGCCGCGACAGCCACAGAGAGGCUACACGGGGGAGCGUUGUCUUUGUGGCGCGUGCCCGGGUCGCGAGCCGGGUCCGUUUGGCCGUUUGGGUCUCCAACUCCACCACCUCCAUCAUCAGCAUCAUCAGCAGGGACAUCAUCAUCAUCAGCAUCGUCAUCGUCAUCAUCAGCAUCAUCAUCACCACCACCACCAUCAUCAUCAUCACCACCACCAUCAUCAUCAGCAGCAGCAGCAUCAUCAUCAUCACCACUAUCAGCAGCAUCAUCAGCUUCAUCACCACCAUCAUCAUCACCACCAUCACCACCACCAUCAGCAGGGACAUCAUCAGCAGCAUCAUCAGCAGGGACAUCAUCAUCAGCAGCAUCAUCAUCAGCAGCAACAUCAUCAUCGUCAGCGGCAUCAUCAUCAGCAUCAUCAUCAGCAACAUCAGCAUCAUCAGUUUCAUCACCACCAUCAUCAUCACCACCAUCACCACCACCAUCAGCAGGGACAUCAUCAGCAGCAGCAUCAUCAGCAGGGACAUCAUCAUCAGCAGCAUCAUCAUCAGCAGCAACAUCAUCAUCGUCAGCGGCAUCAUCAUCAGCAUCAUCAUCAGCAACAUCAGCAUCAUCAGCUUCAUCACCAUUAUCAGCAGCAGCAUCAGCAGCAUCGACAGGGACAUGAGCAGCAGCAACAUCAUCAUCAGCAGCAGCACCAUCAGCAGCAACGUCAUCAUCAGCACCAUCAGCAGCAGCAUCAUCAGCACCAUCAGCAUCAUCAUCAGCAGUAUCAUCAUCAGCACCAUCAGCAUCAUCAGCAGUAUCAUCAUCAGCAUCAUCGACAGGGACAUCAUCAUCAGCAGCAGCUAUAUUAUAAGCAGCAGCAGCGACAUCAUCAUCUGCAAGUAUCAGCAUCAUCAGCAGUAUCAUCAGCCACUUUGUCUAUAUGCAUCAUCAGCAGUAUCGACAUUAGCUGCGGCAGUACAAUCAUCAUCAGCAGCAGCAGCAUCAACCAUCGUCAUCAGCAACAGCACUUGCCUUAUCUCCGUAGCGACCUUCUUCAUGAUGAUGCUGCUGAUGAUGAUGAUGUUUUGGACUCACGCCGUUAAAGCGUUUAUAGUGGAGGCGUCAUCAUCAGCAUCAUCAGCAGCAUCAUCAGCAGCAGCAUCAGCAGCAUCAGCAGCUUCAUCAUCAUCAGCAGCAUCAUCAUCAGCAGCAUCAUUGCUGCACCACCACUCGCUCUGCGGCUGUCUUCUCGACCGCGUCCGCCUCGCCACGAAGCGGGUCCUGACGUCUCCGCAUGCCUCUGGCCUGCCGUGGCUGCUGCUGCUUCUCCUCCUGCUCCUCGCUCUGCGAUUUCUCGGCUCCAGACUGUGGCGUCAGAGGGAGAGAAUCGGGCCAACCGUGCUAAUCGGAGGUGCCGGGGAGGAUCAACAAACUACGGAUCUCUGUGCACCAACGCGUCGCUCGGACGCGGCCCCUCGGCCCGUCGCUGGGAAGCCGUCGGCCCCGAGCGCGGACCGGGAGGAGGCCGGGCGGCCCGGAUCCGGGGCCCCCGGGCCUGGGACGGCCAAGCCAGAGGCCGCCAAGCGACGGGCCGAUGGGCCCCGGCAGCAGCGGCCGCUCCUGGCGGCGCUGGCGUGGUGGACGCUGGGCGCCCGCCGGGAGGUCGCGGGCCUGCGGGCGCGGCUGGCGGAGCUGGAGUCCAACUGGGGCCGUCCCCUCGCGGAGGAGAGAGAGCGGAGCGAGCCUCGGCCGCUGCUCCACGAGGCGACGGAGCCGCGCUGGCCCCGCUCGCUGGAGCUGCGCGUCGAGCGACUCGAGGCCGAGAGGGGGGAGCCACGCGGCCACGGCUGGGGGCCACCGUCGGGCGGUCGCGGAGGAGGAGGAGGGGGGGCGGCAGCAGACGGCAGUCCCGGAGGGGGUGGCCAGGUGCGGCUGCAGAGACGUCACGGGGAGGUCACGGAGGAGCCGAGGUUGAGAAGGAGCGACACGGAGGACGAGGACGAGUGCCGAGAGUCGGACUCAGAAGUAGAGAGCGGUCACGGGGAGGGGGUCAUGGGCCAUUGUGGAGUUCUUAGUCCGCGCGUGCCAAGCAGUGACGGGAGGGAGGUCAAGGACGAGCACGUCAGGGGAGAGUCGGACUCCAGGAGCAAUCUCACAAAGGUCACGGAAGCGUUCGGAGAUCCGAGUCCAAGCGUGGGAAGCAGUCACGGCAAGGAGUUGAGGGAAGAGUCUGUACAGACUGGGUCGAUGGUGAGCACAAGUCACGAGGAAGUCACGGAUCGCUGCUGCCUGAGGAUUAGCCUCGGAGUGGUCACGGGGGAAUGUCACGGGGCGGACUCCGUCGUGGUAAGCAGUUGUGGGCAAGUGGCGGAAGAGCUUACGGUUACGAUGGGCAGUCACGGGAAGGAUAUGCGAGAGGGUACAGAGGCCGGAUCAAGAGGCGGUCACGUGGGGGUCACGGAGGUGUGUGCGGAGACUGGGUCAAGGUCAAGAAGCGAUCUCAACGACGUCACGGACCAAACGCACUUGAGGAGCAGUCUCGUGGAGGUCACGAAAGUGUGUACGGAGCCUGGAUUCAGAAGCGGUCACAUCGAGGUCAACCAAGUGUGUACGCAGACUGAGUUAAGGUCAAGAAGCUGUCUCAACGAGGUCACGGACCAGUGCCACCUGAGAAGCAGUCACGUGGAGGUCACGAAGGUGUGUACGGAGCCUGGGUCGAGGUCCAAAAGUGGUCACGUGGAGGUGACAGAGGUGUAUACGGAGCCUGGGUCAAGGUCCAAAAGUGGUCACGUGGAGGUCACGGAGGUGUGUACUGAGCCUGGGUCGAGGUUCAGAAGCGGCCGUGAAGAAGCCACGAAUCAGUACCAGGGGAGAAGUGGGGAUAGGAGGGAGGCAGCGGAGACCCGUGGGACGAGGCCGCAGGUCGGCCACACGCCCUGCCCCGUGUCGAGAAGCAGCCACGGGGAGACGAGAACGGAGCACGGAGCGCCGGACUCGACGUUCAGAAGCGGUCACGCGGGGAACGUGGAGGAGGAGCGGGAGGAGGGGCGUCAGGCUCUGAGUUUGAGGCAGGACAGCAGCAAAAAGAUUCCGGAGCAGCGCCUCCACGUGCCCUCGCCGCUUUCGCGAGAGGGUCACGGGAGGGGCAGAGGAGAGCACGGAGAGCCGGACUCGAUGCUGAGAUGCGGUCACACGGAGGGGAGAGAAGUGCGCGGGUGCUCGGAGUCAGAUGGGAGGGGAGGUCACGAGGAGGUAACAAACCAGUGUCGCUGGCCGAACGCGGACUUUAGGAGUGGUCCCGGGGAGAUCCGGGAAGAGUUCGGAGCAUCGGAGUCAAGGUUGAGAUGCGGUCCCGGGGAGAUCCGGGAAGAGUUCGUAGCGUCGGAGUCAAGGUUGAGAUGUGGUCCUGGGGAGAUCCGGGAAGAGUUCGGAGCAUCGGAGUCAAGGUUGAGAUGCAGUCCCGCGGAGAUCCGGGAAGAGUUCGGAGCAUCGGAGUCAAGGUUGAGAUGCGGUCCCAGGGAGAUCCGGGAAGAGUUCGGAGCAUCGGAGUCAAGGUUGAGAUGUGGUCCUGGGGAGAUCCGGGAAGAGUUUGGAGCAUCGGAGUCAAGGUUGAGAUGCGGUCCCGGGGAGGUCCGGGAAGAGUUCGGAGCAUCGGAGUCAAGGUUGAGAUACGGUCCCGGGGAGAUCCGGGAAGAGUUCGUAGCGUCGGAGUCAAGGGUAAGAAGCCGUCAUGGGGAGGAUGCCACAAGCAAUGACCGUUACCUCGGGGAAGCGAGAGAAGUGCGCGGGUGCCCGGAGUCAGAGUGGAGGAGAGGCGAUGAUGGGGAGGCAUCCGACGACUGUCACUGGCCCGACGCAGACCCACGGCCUCAGGGCCCAGGCCGGAGGAGUGCAGCUGCAGCGGAGGAGCGGUGUCGGGGCGAGGGGAGGAGGAUGGCCACUGACAUCCGCUGCACGAACGCCAGCGGCGGCGGCGGCAGGCGCAGUGCCCCCUGCGAUGUCGUCGAAUGCGACAGUGUCUGUAGCUACAGCAGCGGCAGCAAGUGUGGCAGUAGAGGUGGUCGUGGUGUGGAUGAUGACGAGGAUGAGGGUGAUGAUGGUGAUGAGGAGGAUUUAGAAGGCAUGGGAUGGAGCGAGGAGGCUUGGAAGAGCUACCGCACCGCUCAGAAGCUUCUGGAAUCCAACUACAGCAGCAACCGAGUCCGCUGGGCCGAUGAGGAGGAGGAUGAGGAGGAGGGCAGAGAUGACUACUUUUACGACCAUAAGCGCUCCGCAGCAUUCUCCACCACGCGAUGAAAGGGGUGGUGAGCGCGAUGGCCCAGUCGCAGAACGAUCGCGGUUCCUAACACCGGUGGGCCGUACCCCCCGACGAGUUAAUACUAUUGUGGAGCAUUGUUAAAGAUUUUAUCGGAGCGGACGUUAAAGGUCUCCCGGAGACGUCGUUCGCAAAAAAGUAGUCGGCCAUCAUCGGCAUGCCUUGGAGUUGCAGUCAAAAUUUUCAAUGGCAAAGAAGACAAAAAUGGAAAAUAAGUUGACGCCGCAAGUCACUCGAUUGCAAUUUCUCACAAAGUCAAAGUGCCGCGGUGGCUUUGAGAUGUUGACUACCUCGCCCGGUAUACAGGAGGUCGUGGGUUUGAUCUCGACCUUAACGCUACAAUGGCUCGGAGAUGUUGACUACCUCGCCUGGUAUUACAGGAGGUUGUGGGUUCGAUCCCGACCCUGACGAUGCCAGUUGCGAACUGUAUUUGGCACAAUGUAAACUGUAUUGGGCACAGUAUAAACUGUAAUGGGUACAGUGUAAACUGUUUUGGGCACAGUGUAAACUGUAUUGGGUACAGUGUAAACUGUAUUGGGUACAGUGUACACUGUUUUGGGUACAGUGUAAACUGUAUUGGGUACAGUUUAAACUGUAUUGGGUACAGUGUAUACUGUUUUUGUACACUGUAAUGGGUACAGUGUAAACUGUAAUGGGUACAGUGUAAACUGUAUUGAGUACAGUGUGAACUGUAUUGGGGACAGUGUAAACUGUAUUGGGUACAGUGUAAACUGUAUUGGGUACAGUGUACACUGUAUUGGGCACAUUGUAAACUGUAUUCGGGACAGUGUAUUGUGCACAUGAUUACAUCUCCAUUGUUGAUUACAAUAAAACUCGGGGUCAGUGUUUGGCUAUGAUCCACAUUUAGGUGACGCAUUAUCAACAAUAAUUCCAUCUCGUCAAGGAUCGGGAACUCCAGUCAUCCUCGCAGCAGCAGCAGCAGCUCUUGGGGCUCGCCAUCGAACAAAGACGGUGGGCGCCACAUCGCGAGGCGCUUUCAGAUGCGCUUCUGCGGCUGUCUGGAACGUGCUUCCUUCCGAUAUUAGGAAGCCACCAUGAGCUAUGGGCUUUUAAAUAAUCUGGAUUGAAAACUAAUUUCGUUAGAACUGAUUUUUGUGUAAGUUUGUUGUCCUUACCCCACACCUCCGAUUAGCACAGUUGGCUACGUACGGUGCCAACGAACGACCCAUAGACUCACACAACGAUCCCCAUAGACUCACACAACGACCCAUAGACACACAGAGAUGCAUAGUUUGUUGUCCUUCACCCGCACCUCCGAUUAGCAUAGAUACCCAUAGACUCACACAGAGACCUAUAUACUUACACAGAGACCCAUUGACUCACACAAAGACCCAUAGACUGAAUAGAGACCCAUAGACUCACACAGAGACCUAUAUACUUACACAGAGACCCAUAGACUCACACAGAGACCCAUAGACUCACACAGAGACCCAUAAUUUUUUGUCCUUCCCCCGCAUCUCCGAUUAGCACGGUUGGCUACAUACGGUGCGAAAGAAGUUCAAAUUCCAUCUGUGGGUGGGCGUCGAGGAGGAGCCAUAACACAGGCUGUGCCAGAAGGCGCUAUAGCAAGGUGGACUCCACCUCUUCACCCCUGUAUGGGAUAGAGUGUUUCCCCCUCGCAUGUGUGGGUUUCUCUCCGGUGUCCUCCUCCCACAUGUAAACACUCAUUAAUUGGGAGAUACAACCAGAGCUUGGGCAGUUAUCUGUAACACUGGCUCCUCACCUCAUCUGUGGUUCCUUCUUCUGGGCGCCUCUGAGUCGUCCCCUCUCUCCCUAGGAGAGCGAUGAUCCCUCCAAUAAUUUCUCACUUUUUUGUCGAGAAAGUCAAUUAAUAAAGCGCCAUUGUUUUUUUC